CCCUUUUUAUAUUUCACAUAACAAAACGAAAGUAAAUAAGAAAGAAGAUGGACACACUCGUUCAGUUAGUUGGCGGAUAUAGGGAACGUGAUAAAUUAAUACGAUUAUGUCAAUAUGUUGCACGAUUUCUGGCCGGUACAGGCCAGACCAAUAUGGGUGCUAGAUUCAGCAUAAUCGCCCAGGAGUUCGGGAAAUGCCGUACUGUUCUGCGGUUAUUUGAUGACAUACCAAUGCUGGCCUAUACAUUGCACUAUGGUCUAGGUAAAAAGGAGUCUAACAGUGGAAUACGCUUUCUGACAUUAUUGGGUAACUGUGCCAAUCAGCUGUACUUCCCGUUAGAACAUGUGUCAUGGUGCGCCCAGAAUAAGAUCUGUAGCAAAGGGUCGCUGGAAGGGCCUUCGCUUUGGGGUCGUUUUAGGAAUUGGCUUAGUGGGCGCCCCACACCCAAAUCCUCGAUCAUUGAUAACAAGUGGGCUACACGUUGUCUUGUAUUAUGGGCAGUAUCACUCCUCACAGAAAUAAUAAAGGCCUUCAUAAGAAUAAAUUUAAACAGGAAUUCUCAGAAAAGAUUGCUCAAAGAACAGCAGUUAGAAGCUCGCAAUGAAAGCGACUCAUCUGAGAUGACGACUAACAUACGAAGUCAAAUACGUGCCUUAGAAAGUCAGGAGAGAGACCAUUACUGGGCUAUAGUUGAAAAUUGUGCCGAUCUUUUCAAUGCCAUAAACUGGCUGCCGGCUGGAUAUCUUUGGGCAGGUAAAUUCACAUCCAGAUUUUGUGGCGGCAUGGGAACCAUAUCCUCAGCAAUAAAACUGUACCGUAUUCACAGUGCGAAAUGGAAUGUGUCAUAAUUGGGUACCAGACUGUUAAAGUUUUUAUUAUUUAAUGAAAGAUGCAUAAUGUAUCCCCUUGUAGAUGUAAUAAAUUCAUGUUAAACAUGGCCAUUGUUUAGAAUUUUGUUAAAUUGUUAAAGCUGUAUUAAGUUAAAGAUUUAGUAAUAAAACUUGUUUUGUUGUUACCAAUGGCUCAAAAAUGCCAAUGGUAAACUAGAAAGAAAUCUUUAUCACUAGAAGUUAUCGUUAAAAUAAUAUUUAAAUAGAAUUUUUUUCCUGUUUUAAGCUUUACUGAUAUACAUUUUAUAUGAUAGGACUAUCCUUGUUUGACAAAGUUGAGCCGCAUUUUUAUACAAUUUUUUUAUCAAGUUUGUUUUUGUACUACUGCAUCUUUCACUUUACCCUUAGAGAUAUCACUUUUAAACAUAGAAAACUGUUUCUUGUUCUCCACCAUUUUUAGACAGGAAUAUAUACAUGUAACUGUAAUAUAUGUCAUGCACUUUGUUUUAAUUAUUCCCCCUUUUUCCCCUUUAAAACAGGGAGUUUUAAUUCUGCUAUUCAGGGAAUGGUAGACAGUGUUUUACUAUAGACAGUUCUCAUUAGAAAUCAUGUUCCAAAAUAAAAUAUAUCUUGCUCAUUCAAUGCUGGUUAUAUAUUAUAUGGCAGUGUCUCUUUUGAUCUUGAAAAUAAGACUUUUUUAUGCUUCAUGAAACUUUUACGUGAUUAUAUAUUACCUGGUUUGUCAUUUAGUCCUUUUUAUUCUGUCACAAAUACAAAAAUGUAAAUCCACUGACCAUUUAUAAGCUUGUCUAUUUUGAAGAUUUAGUCAAGCUAUUAUGAAUGUUGCAGCAUUGUUAAUGUCGUUGUUGAUGGCGUGCAAAAACCUUACAUGUAGCCCAUUAUUUUAUCAUUUUCAAAAAUCUCAACAUUUUUAGAUGUUAGAUAAAGGGGCAUAAUUCUUAAAGCUAUAUUUUUUGGAUUAUGUUAUUAUCAUCUAAGCCACAAAGUUUUCAACCUCGACAGAAAGUCCUUGAUAAAGAGGAGUUUAACCCCUCGAAACAUUGGAGGUUGAACACUUUGUGGAUUAGAUAAUUAUUAAUUAAUCAUUUCCAGAGUGAUUUUUUUUUUUUUGGAGUUACAUUGUAUUCCCCCAUUUUAACUUAGAAUAUUGGUUGGCAAAAUUGAGUGUUAACAUAGCAUGCAUUGCUCUUGUUGACUGAUAUUAUGUAUGAGGGUAUCAUUUACAAACCUGACAUGUUUUUACUUCAUUGUGCCUGGGCACAUACAUCUUUCAUAUUACUUUUUAGAUUUAUUUAUUCAUGUAAUAAAAGUAAUAUUUGUUGUCAGUGUUUUAUUAUAUACUUAAAAGGAUAUUUUUCAGUCACUUGAAAAUCAAAAAUUUUAUAUGUAUUUCAUUAUAAGUCCUUUGACAUGUGACACAGGGUUGAAAAAAAGGUGCAGCCUGACUGGAACUUAAUUCAGGACCCUUAUGGGCUUUGGAAUACUGGUCCGCCGCUAUCAAGUUGCUUAAACAUCUUACAUCUCCCUUAUAAGUGAACUUUUCUGUAUCUUGAUAUAUAAUAUGGCUAUGAAAACAGUUAUUAUAACAGGUAGGGGACUUUUGUAUUGCUUGCAGUACUUUGAUAAUUAUUGCUUGUUAUGAAACUAUUUUGCUUUGAAGUAUGUAUAGAAUGGACUUUACUAGGCCAUGCUCUUAUGUGGCACAGAUGUAUAAAGUGUGAUGCGUUCUUGGACUAUUGAAAAUCUAUGAGAGCCAAAAUACAAGCACAAGGGGAAGAAACUCUUAUUAUUAUUCUUGUAUUAUAUAUUCUCAUAUAGUCUAUGUCAGAAACAUCUUUACUAUUUUAAGUGACAUUAUGCUUAUUUUUUUGUUGUCAAGUUAAGCUUUAUUAGUUAAAUUAUGAUAUAUUUCAAAAGAUUGUCUGUAAUAAUUGUUAUUGACCUAAAAUUGAUAGUAGAAAAUGGUAUUUAAGGAUAAAAUAUUUUAACUUCCUGAAAUACAAAAAGACUGCCCCAAUCUAUUCGUCAAUUGAAGGUUGCAGGUACAUUUUGAAAUAUAUUUAUAGAAUUAUCCACAUGGGUUUUUGAUUGUUUUUGUAACUAAAAAUAAUUUUGGUAAAAUGUAUUUUUUUAUUUUUAUUUUUUUCUUUGACCUGCACAUUCGCUAUUUACAUGGGCAUAAUGUCACUUUAAGAUAUUAAAAAUUUUCUGUCUGUAUGGUUUUGGUUUUGAAACAUGCCUUAAAUUUAGCAAAAUGUGAACAUUUAUGUAUUAAACAGAUAUAUUAGUGUUGUUUAUGUAGUUUAUACCUUGUGUAACAUUUUUACGUUUGCUGUAUUAUUAACAAAGAUUAAAACAUAAUUAAACUAAAAUGGAGUCUUCUCGAACUUGACCAUUACUAAUGCCCUACAAGGAAACAUGGUUGCUAUAGUUACCCCAGUGGGGUGGACCUUGAGAAGCACUUCGUCACAAGGUCACAUGAUCUUACAUAAGAUGAAUUGAUUGCAUUAUACUAUAUUAUGGUAUGUGUCUUUGUUUGAUUUUUAUAGGAAUAUUAUUAGUUUAUGAAGAUUUUAAGCCUGUUAUAUGACCCUUUAUUAUACUGCUUGUUUAUUACACGUCGCUUUUCAUUGGACUAUUGUGACGUUUAUAUUAUUUUGUAUACACAGCUUCUGUCAUUUUACCAAGAAAUCUUUCUUUUUUUUUCUCUAAAAAGGAAGUUUGCUGUGUUAUAAAUGUGUUAAUAAUAAAUGAAAAUUAGUUAAUAAAUGAAGAUUACAAACAGAUUAUAUGACUGUAUAUAAAAGGUUCUUUUCAAUAUAACCUUAGCAAAUUUAUGCAACAUACUGUUUAUAUAGGGCCAUAUAGCCUGCCAAAAAUCUUUUUAAGUAUUAUUAUGAAUGGUUGUUUGUAUAUAUAACCUAAACCAGGAAGCUUGGGUUAUAUUGCAAAUAACUAUUAAAAUAUGACCAUAUAACCUGUUAAGAAUCCUUGUAAAAAAUUUAUUAUAUGACAAACUUCUGUUAUUUAAAAAGCAAUGAAAUUUCUGCAUAAAUUGACAGAAGUUGUGUAUAAAGUUUAAAUAAAUGUCUUAAUUAUCCAAUGAAAAGGGACGUUACAUAUGUGAAGUAUUAUAAAUAUGUAUAGGAUGAAUAGUAUUAUUGAAAGAUGCUGAAAACGAAAGAUACAGAAAUAUAAAUGAAUGUACGAAAGGGAAAAAAAUCAUUUAAUUGUAAAUGGUGGUGAUAUAUAGCAAAUAUUUAUAUCAAAAGUUGUAUUUUGACAAAUACUAGUUUCAGGUGUAAAAUAUAAUAUAUUUUCUGAUACGCUCUUUCGGUAUCUUUCAGUUCUUUUGGCAUAUGUACACAUUUAUAAACAUAUAUAAUUAUGAUAUAACAAUGUUCCUAAUGUAACAGAUGAGCCAAUAUAUGUUGAAAGUUUA